GCGCACGCAUUUUUUUUUUCUUUUUUCCCCCUUGCGGAGCCCGAUCGAGGAGGUUGUGAUCAAGAUAUUUUUCCCAGUACAACACGUCGUCUCUUACCGAAAAAAAAGCGUCGUUUCUGGAAAUCGAUUGAGAGCAGCUGAGAAGGAGGCACUGUGCACACGUUUGCUCGCAUCGUGGUAUAAAACCUGUCGCUGUGACGGACCGACGUACUAUACGAAGUUCAACAAGUUGAUAAAGAAUGGAUGCCAGCGAUGCAACUUGUGAAGAGGAAACGAGGCACAUAUUGUCCGUCGAAAGCCAACAUCCGCACGCAAAGAACGAAGAACGGAAGAAAGAUUGCAGCAGUUUACCAGCGGCAUCGUUUAAUUACGUCAACUCAAUCGUAGGAAGUGGCAUUAUUGGAAUGGCAUUCGCGCUAAAUCAAGCCGGAAUUCUUUUGGGACUGAUCCUCAUUAUCGGCUUGGGAAUGGUCACCGAUUAUUCGCUAAUCAUCCUAAUCCGAUCGAGCCUCAUCUCAGGUACGAAUUCGUAUCAAGGUGUUAUGAAAGCCGCAUUUGGAAAAGUUGGAUAUUCAGUUCUAUCACUCUUGCAAUUCAUCUACCCGUUCAUUGCAAUGAUCAGCUACAACGUUAUCGUUGGCGACACUGUAACGAAAGUUCUAAUGUACUACGCCGGACUGGAAAGCGGCAACAUUUGGGUACGCCGAGAGGUCGUUAUAGCAAUCAUAACACUGUGUUUGUCGCUUCCACUAUCUCUGUGCGACGGAAUGGCGAAAUUUGCAAGAGUUUCAUUUAUUUCCUUGGUUGUCACCGCAUUCGUAUUAUGCGCCAUCAUCAUCCGCCUAUUCACGCUCGGCCCUUUCGUACCACAAUCAGAUGACGCUUGGGUCCUGGCCAAACCUGGGAUUACACAAGCGGUUGCUAUUGCCUCGUUUGCCUACAUGUGCCACCACUCCACCUUCUUAUUGUACGGUUCUCUCAAACAACCAACAGAGGCCCGUUGGGCUCGACUUACACACGUGUCCGUUUUCACUUCGGCCCUCAUUGAAAUCUUCUUCGCUUUGUUUGGCUAUGCCACCUUCACCGGAUUCGUUCAAGGCGAUUUAUUGGAGAAUUAUUGCCGAGGAGACCACCUGAUGAAUGCCGCUAGAAUAAUGUUUUGCGUAACCAUUCUACUAACAGCGCCGAUCGAAGGUUUUGUGGCUCGUGAUUUAAUAAUGAGCACCUUGUCGGUAUCGAGUGGCAAUUGUGAUGGAUCCAACGCGAAAACUAAGUUCCUUCCGAAGAUCAUUGUCAGCUUUUCACUUGUUACAGCGACGUGUUUAAUAUCUUUCUCCACCGACUGUUUGAGCAUUGUGCUGGAAUUCAACGGAGUUUUCGCUGCCAUACCUUUAGCUUACAUCCUUCCGGCGUUGUGUUACAUACGCCUUGAACCCAGUUCAUGGAAAACCUGGCAUAAACUACCAGCUAUAAUGAUGGCAUUUUUCGGAAUACUCAUGUCGUUUAGUGGUCUCGUUAUGAUAUUCGUUAACUGGGGUAUGAAUUCGAGCUGCAGUCACGGCGCUGAGAUGAGCUAUUGCCCGUUGUGGGUCAAUGCUACGCAAACAAAAUUUUAAAUGUGAAGGCAAAUAGUGUUCUAUGUACAAUUUGUGUAUGGGCUUUAAAUGUUGUUUCAUUGACGUUUAUAAAUCAUGACUUAUGAACUGUGAAAAUUGUGUAUGGGAUCCACUCUAAAGCUAA